AAUUUUGUGAAACAGUGAAAACAUCCAUUAAUAUAACUAGUCCGGUAAGGAAGACUCGCGUUACAUUAAAAAAAAUAUUCCAUUUAUGUACAGGUAUUGUAAUUUAACUAAUAAAUCGAACAAAUUUAUCAAGUAUUCUUUGAUUUUUUUAAUAAAAUAAGUCAGGCUUACUUCAUACAAAGUUGGCAUCGAUAUAGAGAGCAUCCGUACUGUCUAUCCGAGUGAUAAUAUUGGACAUUAUGCCGAUAGUUAAGGAGAAAACUAUCCAGAACGAUUUGCAGAAUGCAUUUGAAAUAAAUUUACUACGAAAAUCCAGUAGAUCCAUUUCUGCUCAUCUUUCAACCGAUACCAUUUCACUUCACGAACAUCUAAACAAAAGUGAAUUAGCUGAACAAAAACAACAAAACUCAUUCCUGGCAAUUGAAUCUGUCGUAUCGGCUGAGCACACUCCGGAACAGAAGGAAGAUACGCAAAAUCGUCAAGCACGGGUUGGAGAAUUCCAAGCACAUAUAAAAUCACUCAUAACCAAAAUCAUCGACUUGCGUGCCACAAAGAUCAAAGUCAAUGAUGAUAAAAUUACACAAAUAGGCUUGUCGUUUUUCGAACCCGAUAGUGCGGCAAUGACUGUUGCGAAGCUCGUCCAGCUCAUGGAUAGUGCACGAACAAACCUAUCCUAUGAGCGGAAGAAACUGUUGCUAGGGGUGAGGCGAUUCAAGCGCUAUCAAAUGCAAAACUUGCAGUUGAACAGCCAAAUGGAAGACGUAAGCCUGGAGCAGUAUUAUGAACUGAAGGCGGAAGUUAAUCGUAUUGGAGAAAAACUCGAGGAAACGACCAAGCGUAUGAACAGUUCGAGACAACUGUUUGAAAACGAUGUUGCACGGGCUACGCACGUGCGGGAAAAGCUAUUUGAUUCACAAAACCGGACUGUGGCCAUCAGGCAGGAUGUUUCCGAGGUCCAACAAAAUUAUUACUUCUUCAAGAGCACUCUGUGCGAAAAAUUGCAACGAAAAAAGCAACUACGCAAGGAAAGCGAACGUCUCAAACAGAAUAUGGAUUUGCUAAAACUAGUUCCGUGGUAUGGCCAAACUAAUGACCAGAUCGAACACACCAAAUUCUGUAUUGAAAAAUUCAACUGAAUCUAAAAGGUACAAACAGUGUUCACUGGCGUUCACGAAUGUUUAUUUCUUUUUGCUGAUUCUAGCAAGUUCUGUAUAGUUUUGUCGUUUGUGAAUGUUAACAAUGUUAACAAUUGUCCUUUCGAUUCUGCCGGAUAUUUUGAACGUUCUAUAUUUUUCCUUCAUUUUUUCUUGUCAACAAUAUUGCAAGAAAAUAUUGCGCUGUAAUUUCCUCUCAAGAGUACAGAACCUACAAUAAAGAAAUCUCAAACAUUUUUAAAUUUUAUUUA